AUGUCGUUUACGGCGUGCUUAUCAUAUUUGGCGAUAGCUUUGCACUUGGCUAAUGGAGGGUACGUGUACAAAACCGAAUAUUUGACAGUACCGGUCGACCAUUUUAGUUUUACAAAUAAAGACACAUUCCGUAUGAAGUACCUCAUAAACGAUACGUUCUGGGAACGAGAAAAAGGACCAAUAUUUUUUUAUGCUGGCAACGAAGGAGCUAUCGAAAUGUUUUGUGAAAAUACGGGUUUCAUGUGGGAGAUAGCCGAAGAGUUCCGGGCCCUAGUCGUGUUCGCCGAGCACCGUUACUACGGCGUUUCGAUGCCGUACGGUAAUCGAUCGUUCGAUGACAUCAGCCGGGUGGGCUAUCUGACCUCGCAACAGGCGCUCGCCGACUACGUGGACCUUAUCACUUACUUGAGCCAUAACGGGUCGUACUCUAACCGUGAGCUGUACCAGAUGGGCGACAUUUACGACACCGUGUCCGGCGGCACACUUGCACCGUCGGCCACCAACCCGGUGAUCGCUUUCGGCGGAUCGUACGGUGGCAUGUUGGCUGCCUGGUUCCGUAUGAAGUAUCCCGCAAUCAUCGAAGGUGCUAUUGCGUCGUCUGCACCGAUAUGGCAAUUCACUGGUAUGACUCCUUGUAAUGCUUUCUACAGGGUCACGUCAUCAGUUUAUACAGAUACUAGUGCAGAAUGUGGUUUGACGAUACUAGCAUCUUGGAAAGCUAUUGAUAACGUUACGAAAACGGUUGAUGGUAAGGCGUGGUUGUCUCAGAAAUGGAACUUGUGCUCACCGUUGACAAACGACGAUGACGUCUCGACUUUGAAAGAUUGGGUGUCUGAACUUUAUGUGAACUUGGCUAUGAUAAAUUAUCCAUACCCUGCAAAUUUUUUAACACCAUUACCCGGACAUCCAGUUAAGGAAGUUUGUAAACCAAUGAAAAACCAUAAAGAAGACGAUUUCACGCUUUUGGGAUCAGUUUUCAAAGGAUUGAGUGUAUACUUUAACUAUACGGGUACAUCUAAAUGUUUAGAUAUUUUGACCUCUUCUGCUCCUACACUAGGUGAAAAGGGAUGGAGCUAUCAAAGCUGUACUGAAAUUGUUAUGCCAAUGUGCUCUAAUGGUAUUAAAGAUAUAUUCGAAAAAAAGCCGUGGAAUUUUGAAGAAAAUGCUAGAUAUUGUUUUGAAACUUUUGGAGUCCAGCCUAGUAUUUAUUCGGUCGAGAAAACAUAUGGUGGUAAAAAUUUAAACGCUGCUUCCAAUAUAAUAUUCAGCAACGGUUUAUUGGAUCCAUGGUCGAGCGGUGGAGUGUUGCAAGACAUAUCAAAGACGGUGCUCGCUGUGGUAAUACCAGAAUCUGCGCAUCACUUGGACUUGAGAGCCUCCAACCCCAAGGACCCAGAAAGUGUGAUUAAAGCCAGAAAAAUCUACAAGAAUUGGAUUAAAAAAUGGAUAUUCCACUAUCAGAAUCAUCCGACACGAGGUUCAAACAACUCGUUUGUUAAACAACAAAUAGUUCUAACUAUUUAA